AAACUCUACAAUCAUUUUAAAAGAAUGGAAUACGCAUCUAACGCGUUUUGUUGAAUUAUUUAAAAACUGUUUUUUGAGUCAAUGCUUAGUCUAUUUCUCAGAAAAAAAUAAGUACUAAGUAAAUAUUUCUCGGUUUCUUAGAAGAAAAAAAAAAAUUGGUACAAAUAAAGAAUAUCUAAAUAUACAUUAAAAAUCAUAAAAAGUUUAUCAAUGUUAUGUUGAAUAUGCAGCAAACUAGUGUUGAAGAGUUUUCAGCAAGACCUUAUCAAAUAGAACUUUUAGAUUUAGCAAAGAAAUCCAACACAAUUUUAUGUCUUGGAACUGGAACAGGAAAAACAUUCAUAAGUGUUAUGUUAAUAAAAGAAAAACAACAUGAAAUAAAAGGAGAUUUUAAAAAUAGAGGAAAAAGAACAUUUUUUCUUGUUUGCACAGUACCUCUUGCACUUCAACAAUCAAAAGUAAUUAAAGACAAUACUGCUCUUAAUGUGGGAUGUUACACUGGAGAUAUGGGUGUUGAUUUUUGGGAUAAAACUAGAUGGAUAGCAGAGUUUAAUAAAAAUGAUGUCUUUGUCAUGACAGCACAAAUUCUUGUAAAUAUUUUAAACCACUCAAUCAUUUGUUUGUAUAACAUUAACUUAAUUAUAAUGGACGAGUGUCAUAAUGCUACAAAAAAACAUUCAUAUGUUAAGUUGAUGGAAAUCUUUGGAAAUUACCCAAAGUCAGAACAUCCACAUAUUUUAGGAUUAACUGCUUCAAUUAUUAAUGAAAAGUACACUGGUGUUUUUAAUGACCAAGCAAUCAAAUCAUUUUUAAAAAAUAGAAUUUUAGGUUUAGAAAGAAGAAUGCGUUCAAAAUGUAUCACUUGUUCAGACCCACAGGCAACAACAAAAUUUGCAGCUAAACCAAGUGAAAUAGUUCAAACUUUUAAAAAAGGUUAUUCUGUAAAUGGAUUUUUAGAAUUUGUACCAGUUAUUGAAUCUAUGAAAAAAAUUCUUGAUACAAAGUUGGAUUAUUUUUUAUGUUUGGCAAAUGAAAAAAAAACAAGAGUGAGCAGACUGUCAUUUGAUGAUUUGCUAACUGAGAAACUGCAACUCUCUGAGAGAAAUGCUUGUGCAAUAUCUGUUGAUGCAAUGAGGUAUUGUAAAGAAAUUUUAGAAUCUCUUGGUCCUUUAUGCGUCUUUUGGGCUGCUCAAAUCUUGAUUAAGCAAAUUGAUAAUCACAUUAAAAGAAGAAUAUCAAAUAGAGUAAUAAAAGAUGUGUUGACUAAAUGCAAAGAAUCUCUAAACAUAGUUAUUAAAGAAUUUGAAAAUGAAGCUGUUUAUGUUUUUUCUUCCAUUGAAAAUGUUAUUCCAGUUGAACCACUUUUGACCACAAAAGCAGCCAGUUUAUUGCAGGAUGUGUUAUUAGCCGAAAAGAAUUAUUUUAAAGAAUUACAUGCCAUUGUGUUUACACAAAGAAGAUGUACUGCGGUUGUGCUCAGCAAGUUAAUAAAUUAUCAAGUUGAGAAGGACGAAACAUAUAAAGGUUUGAAUAGUGACUUUGUUCUUGGACAUGCUUUUGACUCUAACAUCUGUCUUGUAGAUGGUUCAAUGAGAUCGGAAAAACAAAAUUUGAUUUUAUCAAAUUUUAAGCAGGAUAAGUUUAAUGUUUUGGUGUCAACCAGUGUUGUUGAAGAGGGGCUGGAUGUUCGUAAAUGUAAUUUGGUUGUACGUUUUGAUGGUAUAAAUAAUUAUAGAGAAUAUGCUCAAUCAAAGGGAAGAGCACGAGCAAGUGGAUCUAAAUUUAUUAUUAUGACAGAAGAAGGACAAGAAUUUGACACCAAGAAACAGCAUAUAGUCAUGCAACAAAUUGAGGAAAUCCUGUUUGAACAAUGCCAAAACCGUGUUCUACCAACAGAUGAAGAAAUUGAAAUUGAGAUGAUGGAUGAAGAAGAUGAAGAUCUUCCCGUAUAUUUUUCGCAUAAUGGUUAUGAUGCUCCACGAAUAACGAAAGAUAAUGCUGUUUCUCUUUUAUACAGAUAUUGUUCACGGUUGCCAUCAGAUCAAUUUUGUAAAACCAAUCCUAAAUUCCUAUACCAUGUUUUAAAAAAUCAAUUUUGUGCAGAAUGUAUGCUUCCGUUAAAUUGCUCAUUACCCCAAAGAAUUUAUAAGGGUGAACAGAAGUCUACCAAAGACUUGGCUAAAAAAUCUGUAUGUAUGAUAAUCUGUGAAGAACUUCAUAAAUUUGGUGAAUUAAGCACUGAACAUUUACUUCCUACGCAAUUUAGCGAUGACAGUGCUUCAGAUUCUGAUUCUGAUUCAAUAAUUAAGCAAAAAAGUAAAAGUCAGCUUUUUUCCAGAAAGAAUCCAAAAGAAAUGCUUUCAAAUAAAAUAUUUUGUUUUGAUGAUUAUGAUUUGUAUGCUGUUUGUAUAACUUUAUCUAAACCAAGUAAAAGAGAAGAUACUAUUCCUCUACAAAAUUUUUGGCAUCAAAAAAUGCGCUCUGGUUUUGGCUUGUUUAUGCCUAAAAACAUUUCAAAACUACCUUCCUUUGAUUUAUUUUCACGCGUUGGUAAAUUGAACAUUGAACUUAUAAAGAUACCAAGCAGAAUAAGAUUUGAGUGUGAAUUUAAUAUUGAUGAUGUAACAAACUUUCAUAUGAAUGUUAUUACUGAAUCUUGUUCAAACCUUGUUGAUGGAGACAUAUACUUUCAUAUAAAUGAUGAAAAUGCAACAAAAGCAUUAUUUGUUCCUCUUCAUUCAGACGUGUUUAAAGCUGUUAGAAAAAAUUGUUAUGAGUUUAUAUUUCCUGUUAUCGAAAAAAGACUUCUUAAUUGCACAAAAGAAAAACCAAAAGAUAACUUGGAUAAUGAGGAAAUUUAUGAAAACUGUGUUGUUAGCAAGAAUUAUGGCGAAUCAAAAAAUCGAAUGUACUAUGUUACAGCCAUUAGUAAAUUGAAUACAAGCAGUUUUAUAGAGGGAAAAAAAACAUUUGUUCAGUAUUACUUAGAGAAGUACAACAUAGAAAUCUCACCAAACAAGCCAUUAAUAGAUGUAAUUUCGUGCUCACAACAAAUUUCAUUCACUAAUUGUGAAUCAAACACUAAUACCAAAAAAAAAAAUGUCAACAUGGAAAAACUUGUGCCAGAACUGUGUAAAAAGGUUUCUUUAUUUCCAGCAGAUUUGCACUUUCAGUUGCCUUGUUUGCCAAGAAUAAUUUAUUUUUAUGAGUAUUAUUUCUUAGCUCUAGAAUUGAAAGACAUGAUUGCAGAAAAAAUUAAAAUAAAUAAAUCAGAAAAUCAGGGAAGGUAUCAAUCUUCAGUAUUGGAUUUAGAAAACCUGCUUCAACUGAAAAACUAUGUUACAGAAAAUGUAAAAUCUCCUAGUGUUUUAAAGAUUUUUGAAGCUUUAACAACUAGGCAAGCAAGUAUGCCAUUUGAUUUAGAACGUCUUGAAGUCCUCGGGGAUUCUUUUCUAAAACAAGCUGUUUCAAUUUUUGUAUUCUUCCAGAAUCCUAGUUUUCAUGAGGGUAAACUAACUAUAAGGCGUAAAAAGUGCAUCAGUAACGAAAACUUGUGUAAAGUUGGAAAGAGUGUUGGUAUUCAAAAUAUAAUUUGCAAUUCACAGUUUGGUACUAAAAGUUCUAAUUCUGAAAAUAGAAACCCAUGGACAGUGUGGUUACCUCCUGGAUAUCUUCGUGCUGAACUUGAUGAUAUGAAGCAAUACACGUAUCAAAAUGUCCAACCCAAAUCAAUAGCAGAUUGUGUUGAAGCAUUAAUUGGUGUUUAUUUUGAAGUAGGUGGUGUAAAUUUGGCAUUAUGCUUCAUGCAAAACUUUUUAAAUAUUCCUGUAUUACAUUCUAGUUUACAAAAUGGGCAAAAUGUUAUGAAACCCAGCCAUUACGCUGAUUAUCCUUGCGUAUCAAGAUCAGCUUGUAUUGCUUUCAAUGCUGAACAUGACUUGUAUGAACACAAUAUAUUACAGAAGUUUGAAGAUCAUAUUUCAUACAGGUUUUUAAACAAAUCUCAUUUGAUUCAAGCUUUUACUCAUCUUUCAUAUCUGUCAAACAGUGUAACUGGAUGUUACCAACAGUAUGAAUUUUUAGGUGAUGCUAUAUUAGAUUUCUUAAUAACUCUUCACAUUCAAAGUAAUACCCAAAACCUAUCUCCUGGUCAGUUGACUUAUUUUCGCUCAGCUGUAGUCAACAACAAUACAUUUGGCCUGUUGGCGAUUAAACAUUCGUUUUACAAAUACAUAUACUCGUCUUCUAAUGAACUGUUUUCAAGAUAUAAUAGCUUUAUUGAAAUAGUUAAAGAUGAUCAUGGAUUAAAAGAUGAAUAUUUUGAGAGCCCAUUUGUUAUUUGCCCAACUGGAAGUGAAGAAGGUUACCAAGCUCCAAAAGUAUUAGGGGAUUUGUUUGAAUCUGUUGCUGGUGCAAUUUUUCUUGAUAGUGGAUUAGAUUUAGUUACUGUGUGGAAGAUCUACUAUCCUCUGUUAAAACCUGUUAUUGAUAAGUACAUGAUCAAAUUACCACGGCAUCCAGCUGUUGAUUUUUUUGAAAAAUAUCCUAAAGCAAAAAUAAUUUUUACAAACGGAGAAGUAGUCACUUGCACUGUCAAAUUUGGCAAAGAUAACGGUACAGAAAUUAAAGCAUGUGGUCAGAAUAAGAAAAUUGCUAAAGCAGCUGCUUGUAAACGUGCUUUAGAGGUCUGAUUCUGCAAAUUAUUUUUGGAUAAUCGAAAGUUGAAUAACACACAACAAAAGCGAGUUUGUUUCUAUAAGAAUUAAAUUUUUUAUAAAUAUUUACAAAUCUUUAUUUAUAACAAAAAAAUUUGGAUUUUUUUUGGUAAAAUCUAUUUUAAAUUAUUGAACUAUAUACACUCAGCGAAGUUUCCAUAGUUCCAAGUUUCCAUAGUUUCCACUUACAAUUUGUACAUAUAAAUAAAUUCACGAAGUAUUUGCAUUUUUUUUUUUUUUUUUUUGUUUGUUUGUUUAUUACAGGAAUUAUUAGGAAUAAAUAAAAUCUAGUUCUUAGUAGGUAAACCUAUUAAAACAUCUUCUAAAAGAUCUACAUAAUUUCUUGCAUUCAUUUUUGUAGUAAUAAAACAUAUUGGAAUUUUGCCUUGGAAACAAAAUGCAGUCCACACCAUAACUGUAAUCCUCCGAAGU